UAUCUGUGGCGCGAAACUUUCAUUCCCCCAAAUCCCCCCAAAAUUCCCGAAGAAGCUUCCUGGUGGUAGCGGCGAUCGGCGAUGGUGUUUCUGCAGCGCAGCAACCCGCGAAAGCGGCCACCACCGGCGCCCACAGCACCCGGGCCGCCGCCGCCGCCGUCAGCGACACGGUCCGCGCCCACCCCGGCCGAACCCUCCGUCGUCGACGCGGCGGCCGCGCUCCUUGCGGACGCCGGCUGCACGCUCCUCGUCCCGCCGCACCUGCCCCCUUCCCUCCCGUCCGCCCCCACCUUCGUACCCCGCCUCACCCGCGCGCUCGCCGCGGACCCCGCGGCAGACCUCCCCGCGCGCCUCCUCGCGGGGCUCGCCGCCUUCGCCGAGUCCCCCACGCGGCUGCGCCAGCUACUCCUGCCCACCUCCCCGCGGUCGCUGAGCCUGGCGCGGGUGCUCCUCUCCGUGCCCGCGCUCCAGCCCGGUCUCCUGGGGCUCCUCCUCGACAAGCUACCCGAGCACUUCGACGACGACGCGCUCGAUGGGGUGCCUCUGCAGGACGACGUGGGGAGGCUUAUCGUUGCUCAGUUCCGCUGGCUUGAUUUCCUUGUCGACGCCGAUACCUUUGUCACCAAGCUUGUGGAGGUGCUCUCGGUAGCGCCACCCCGGCUCAAGAAGGAGAUCAUCGGGUCGAUCCCGGAGAUUGUGGGCGACCAGAGCCAUGCUGCUGUGGUCUCCGCUCUGGAGAAGCUGCUGCAGGAGGACUCCCAAGUCGUGGUUGCUGUGCUCGACACUUUGUCAAACCUUAACCUCGAUGCGCUGUUGCAGGAGCAGGCGGUUACAGUUGCAAUAUCAUGCAUCCGGACGAUUCAUGCAGAUCAGAUGCCACACUUACUCAGGUUCUUGUUGCUGUCUGCCACACCAGCCAAUGUUGGCAGGAUUAUAUCGCAGAUCCGCGAGCAACUGAAGUUUGUUGGUGUGGUGGAUCCACGUGCUGCUCGGAGCAAGAAGCUGAAAGGGAAGGCAUCAGCAACUAGCACUGAUGGGGCAAUCCUUGAUGCCUUGAGAUCAGGCCUCCGGUUUAAGAAUAUGCUUUGUGAGGCCUUCUUGAAGGAGUUGAAAUUAGUUGACCAUGCAAGGGAUCACAAAGUGAUUGAUGUUUGGCUCAUCAUGCUCAUAUAUGCCAAUGGGGGUGCUCUGCAGAAAAGUGCUGAGAAAAUACUGAAAUCCAAGAUCUUACAAGGAUAUAUCCGGGAGACAUUGUUUCACCAAUGCAUUCAUGGAAAUACUGAAAUAGUAAAGGACAAUUUUAUGUCAUAUCUCUCAGUGAGUGAUUACCUCUUGGCUUGCAAGGAAGACAAGGCUAGAGAAUUUGCUACCUAUUUGUUCACGGCUUUGUUUGAAGAAUUCAGUGAUACUUUCUCCAGGCAAGAGCUCGUAGGCUCAUUGAUAACUCAUAUAGGUUCUGGGGUCAGUUACGAAGUUUCUUCUGCUUUGGAUAUUAUGAUUUCUUUGACAUCCAACAACUCUGAGGAACUCAUCCCUAUAGCUUCACAUAUAACUGGUAUUUUAGAUUAUCUGGAGAGUUUUCAUGAAGAUAAUCUUCGAAAGGUUUACGAGAUCUUCUGUCAAUUGGCACUGGCUGCUGGCUUCAAUACUAGUUCAGGUGGCUCUUCUGUUGCUAAUGAACUUCUUAUGGUAGUGAGAAAACAGGUUAGCAAUCCAGAUAUGAAGUAUAAGAGAAUGGGAAUAAUUGGGGCUUUAAGGAUAGUUUCAGCUAUUGCAGAUGCAAAUGCUGCUGUGAACUACUCAUCAUCUCAGCAACCAAAUUGUGAGGAGGCCCUGGGACUGCUAAAUAUGACUGUUAACUCCUGCAAAUUUGUGACGUUGCCCUUAAUUCUUCUCUAUGAUGAAUUAUCAGCUUUAUUUGAGAGCAAUGUUCUUCAUUCUGCAAUUAUUGAGUGGGUUGGAGAACAUGUUGCAGAAUUUGAUACCCUUUUUCUUGCUGAUCUUGAGGAUGGCCAGCUAUCAGAAAAAUAUCUCUGCGAGAGCAUUGAAGGGGAAUUAUGGAUGAACUUGGAUGGAAAUAUCUCCCCAGUAUGCGUAAAUAUUUUGCCACUAGUGUCCACCUCGCAACAAAGGUCUCAAGCCUGCUUGCAGAUCCUUCCUUCCCAAUUUCUACUUCUAACUACCAUUGAACGUUCAGGAAGUGAAGGCUCACUUGGUGGAAUAAAUGCACUCCUUGGCUGUCCUUUGCAUCUUCCCUCUACAAAGAACCUGGAUGAAUCUAGAUGGGGAAGCUUGUCAGCACUGGAGAAAAAAACAGUGUGUCACUCACUGUACUUUGCGAUAAACUGGAUUAGGGAGUUGCUUAAUGCCUUCAGCACACAAGUUGCGGCCAGAGUUGAUAAUGUGUCACAAAGAGUAAGGGAUGAGACAGCAGUUAAACUUUUGAAGCGUCUGAGAAAUCUAAUAUUACUCGAGAUUUUGUUAAACACCCUUCUUAAAAUUUAUCCUCUAUCUCUACCUGAGCUGCGAUAUCUUGGGAAUUAUUCUGGGUCAACUAGCAGCAGCAAGUUCAACACUGGGAAGAAAAUUGAGGAAGACAACAUGGAGGGCCCAUCUUCCAACAAAAGACAAAAGGGCCGCAAGGACAAAGCAGCUUCAGAUAAAUUGAAUUCUGAUGAGAAGCUCAAGCAAUCUACGAUACUGGAUGCUUUCAAAAGAGCAGGUGUAACGAUCACCCAAGAAACAAAGAAAGCAUCUUCACGACCAUUGCCAAGUGGAAUGACGUCGAAGGAUGUUGAAAGUGAGGCUAAUAAUCCUGGUGAGCUUGGGCAUAUAGAUUUGAUGGCAGCACCAGUUCAGCUGGAUAUGCAAAGAUUUAAAUUCAGAACACUCCAUGUGAAUUGUUUAUCCUUAUUAAAGUAUUCAGAGUUUCAAGAUUCAACUUAUCCAUAUCAUGAAUCUGAGCUGCCUUUAUAUCUCUAUCUUCUACGUGAUCUAAACAACAAACUAGAUCAUGUAAACCCAUCAAGCAAGCCAUUUUUUAACAAUUCUCAAGCAAAAUCCACUCGCGCUCAUUGCCAAAAGAGCACAGAAGAUCUUCUUAGCAAAAUCCAGCCACUAUUCUCGAGUCUACGGAAGCAUCUAGACGGAUCAGUUUCAAUGAUGAAAGACAGAUCAGAUAGCAGCCCAGACAACUGGAGUUCACAUUCGGAUUCAGCAGGAAACCCGCACAUACCAUACGUGAUGGUCUCCAAGUCUUCAAUAGCCACUUCCGUAUUUAAGGAGGUUCUUGGCUGCUACAGGAAGCUACUUGGCACGCCAGAUCUAUUGAAUCAAGCAAAUAUGUCAGCUCUGAAGGAGCUGCUACAGACUUUCCAGCCAACUGAAAAUUUCGAUGAUGAUCUUUCUGAGUUCCGUCCACCUCUGGUCCCUAGUAAUGUUGAUUAUCUGUACUGUGGGGCAUUUAAAAUGUUUGAGGCUAUUAUGGAUGCAGUGUGUUUGUUCUCACACAUUUUGGCCUCUGACGUGCUAAUUACCAUGCAAUCUAUUUUAAAUUCCAUUAUCGUGCUGUUGGAAAAAUCUGGGGAAUCAAAUGGGAAGAAUAUGCAUGGAGGAUGCUCCAAAGAGAUUAUUCCCUUUGUAAAGAAGCAGCUUGGGUUAUCAGCUCAUAAGCUGCUAACUUCUGAUUUCCCUAAUGAAGAUACUGAAAAUGGAUGGCAGAGUAAAGGUGAUCUUAUAGCAAGGAUAUUACAAAUAUACCUCAGGAAUAGUGAGUCGACUUCAGUUCUGCUUGAUGAGCUGGCUUGCUUGGUGUUGCCUCAGGUAGCUUCGCUCAAAAGUAAAAGUACUACCCAAGAACUGUCGCAUGGGUUUCCAACAUUGUGUUCUUCCACUUUCCACUCGUGGUGCCGUGUGCUGCAUGAGGAGAAUCUUGGGAAUUUUAACAAGAUGAUCAAGCAAGCCUUGAAGACUACAUCACAAUCAGGAGUAGCAGUGGAAAAUGUUAUGGAUGAAAUUGUCAAAUCAGUAAACGUGUUUGUUUCUCUGACAAAUAUAUGUAAGAUUCACGAGAAGGUUGCUAUGCAUGCAAUGGCAGUUAAAUAUGGGGGGCGAUUCAUUGAUGCAUUUCUUAAAGCCUUCAACUUUCUAGAGACGCAGUUUGGGCAACAUGGCGGCGAUAUAGUUAAAAUGAUAAAAGAACUUCAGAAAGCAACAAGAAUAAUCCAAACUAUAUGUGCAGAGGCAAAGGGUUACAAGCGAACAAUGAUCACGAGCAAGAUACCUGCCACAAAGAGAUCCAUGGAGCGGUUUCUCUUCCAAGUGAAGGCCCUCCUGGAACACUGCUCUAAUGUGGAGCGUUGCUGGAUUGGUAAUCUGAAGCACAAGGAUUUGCAUGGGCAUGUGGUAAGCUCUCAGGUGUACGGUGACGUGGAUGACGACCCAAAUGAUGCAGAACAAGAACAGAUGGAGACUGAUCCUGAAACUCCAGCCGACGAAAAUGACAACAUCGUGGAUGAUGAUGAGACAGAAAACGAGGCAACACCAUUGGAGGAUUGACCUCACACACGGUACCAAUCUCGAAAUGUUUCCAAUGUAAUCAUAUAUAUUGUCCCACAGAUUUUACUCUUGACACCGUACUCCCACGACAUACUGAAAUGCCAAUUCGGAAAUGUAGAUCAGGGUAUCAUCUGCUUUGCAUAGAAAGCUGGAAGUCUCAGCCAGGAAUUCAGGAUCGCAUAUACAGGGCAUCCUAUAUACA